AUGGCUCCCGGUAUUCUCGAAAAGCCAUCCACCGAGGAGCAACAAGGAGGCGACUCGCACAUGGCCAACACUGCUAACGACGCCUGUAUUGAUCGUCUGACCUUGCUUAGGAGCAUGCCGGAACCGCCGGUAGAAUGUCAAGUAGCCGAUGGUUUGCAACCCAAGACGAUCGAGACUUUCCGCCAGAUGCGCCUGGCAGACCCUCUACUACAGCGCGGCGUUCGAGUGUACGACAUUGCUUUCUGGAGGAGUACAACCGACGAACCUCUCCACCGCCUCGGCCGUGAAAUCCACUACCCCCCUAUAAUCGAUGUGCUGGACCCCUACAUUUUGUUGGUCCACCAGGGCAUGGUCGAAAGUCUUUUUAUCGAGGACUUGAAGAAGCGCGGCGUCGAAGUGCGGAGAAACACCGCUUUCGAUUCAUAUAGCGUUUGCGACGGAAAUAAUGGGCCGCUCCAGGUGAACUGCUUGACGAAUGUUACGCAAGAUCGGAAGACGCUUUUGACGCAAUAUUUGGUUGGAUGUGACGGUGCGCACUCCAAGGUCAGGAAAAGCAUCCCUGAUGCCAAGCCCAUUGGCUUGUCGCAGCCCUCGCUGUGGGGUGUCCUCGACGGCGAGCUUGAUACGGACUUCCCAGACAUUUGGUCGAAGACAUUGGUCUACUCGCAAGAGCAUGGCUCUAUUCUUAUCAUUCCGCGAGAGCGGAACAUGACCAGGUUAUACAUUGAACUGAAGAGCAGCACUAAGGGUGACAGGAACAUUCUCGGUCAGGACUUUGUCAUGCAGCGCGCCAAGGAGAUCAUGGCGCCCUUCAGUGUCAAGUGGAAAUACAUUGAGUGGUUUGGUAGGUACCAGAUCGGCCAGAGAGUUGCGAACCGCUUCCAAGACCCUCAUACCCGGGCCUUCUUGGCCGGUGAUGCCAGCCACACCCACUCGCCCAAGGCUGCGCAGGGUAUGAACACGUCGAUGCACGAUGCCUGGAAUAUUGGCUGGAAGCUCAACUUUGCCUCCCGUGGCCUUGCGAAGCCCGCGUUGCUGGAGAGCUACGAACAGGAGCGGAGGAAGAUUGCGCUGGACUUGGUCAACUUUGACUAUGAGCACGCCAACCAGAUUGCCGGAGGAGACGCUGUCGCUCUGGCUGAAAACUUCAAGACGAACGUUCGCUUCAUCUCCGGCAUUGGUGCGGAGUAUGGUGAGAACGCCAUCAACAUGGUUGAGCCGCAGUCGUGGGUUAUGGGUGACGCCAAGCCCGGCUGCUUGCUCCCGCCUGCAAAGGUCACUCGCUAUUUGGACUCGAACCCGGUUGAUAUCCAGCUGGAUAUUCCCAUGUUGGGCCAGUUCCGGAUUUACCUGUUGAUGUGGGAUGUCCAUCAGUCGCGCAUCUUCCUGGACGGUUUCUGCGCGGCUUUGAACUCGCCUGAUUCUUUGAUCAACCAGCUCUCGGCCGCCGCCAACCUUUCGUAUGCUAAGCAGCCCCGUCUACCAGCUCCUGAAGACAUCUACCUUCGUCCGGAGCGGUAUACGGCUGUUAGCCAUUUGUUUACUUUUGGUUUGAUCACCACAAUGCCCAAGUCCGAAAUCGAAAUCACCGAUCUCCCCGCUCUCUUCCAAGACAGCCGCUGGACCUUCUACCUUGACGACAUCCCCGAGCUCGAUACCCGCGGCCAGCUCUGCACUAACAAAUGGCUUGGCAGCCUGGGUCCGGGAGAGGUGGCCAUUGUCAACGUCCGUCCCGAUGGUUACGUUGGCUCCAUCGGCAGGUGGGACUCGAGCGUGGAUGAUGCAGGUGAGGAGGCGGCCAAGUGGCUUGACACUUACUAUGACCGGUUUUUGCAGGUACCUCCUACUCCUGCGAUGGCCUAG